CUCAGGACAGAUUGGGUUGGUAAAUAAAACUUACAGUGAAUAUUGUUUUCUCUGGUGACGGAUCAAGGUCCGAGUGUGAAAGUGGCUGUUGUCUCUGCCCACUCCUGGCCUGUCCAGUUCCUUACUGGUCUCUGCAGCUGUGGACCUGAACACUCUGAAGGCUUUCAGUCUUUGCAGCAGGACGCGGAACUCUGCAGCCGUCUACAAUGAUUCCCAGGAUCACUCUGUGCUCCAGGUCUUUUCGACACAAUCCCGAUGUUUCGAGGACUUUAGAAGUUUUGUGCAGACCAUGGACGCGUCAUCCGGGAUUACCUGCAGCAAAUCGCGGGAUCCAUGUGGAUAGUCCUCCCAUCAUGCCAACUCUCAUCACCAGCUAUGCCCACGGCACCUCGUCCACAUCUUUGUGCCACACCACAGUUGCAGAGACGCUGCAGAGAACAGUGGAACGCUUUCCUGACAGAGAGGCAGUGGCCUUUCUAAAGGACGGCAUCCGCAAGACGUUUGCACAGUUUCAAGAAGAUGUGGAUCAGGCUGCUGCUGGGCUGUUGGCCCUUGGUCUGAAGAGAGGUGAUCGGCUCGGUAUGUGGGGACCCAACCUGUAUGAAUGGGUCCUUUUCCAGUUUGCCACAGCCAGAGCCGGUAUUAUACUGGUAUCUGUGAACCCAGCAUACCGGCUGAAGGAGGUGGAGUUUGCUUUGAAGAAGGUCGGCUGUAAGGCUGUAGUGUGUCCAACUCAGUUUGCAACUCAGAAGUACUGUGACAUGUUGAGGGAGAUUUGUCCAGAGAUAGAGUCUUCUACCCCAGGAGCCAUCAAGAGUGCUCGACUGCCAGAUCUACGCACUGUGAUUGUUCUGGAUAGUCGACAACCAGGAAUGUUUCACAUGGAGGAUGUGAUGCAGGCAGGCGGCAGCCAGCACAAACAGGAGAUUCAGGACCUCCAAAAGAAACUCUCGUUCGAUGACCCCAUAAACAUCCAGUUUACUUCGGGUACAACAGGAGCUCCAAAGGGUGCCACCUUAACUCACCACAACAUUGUUAACAAUGCCUACUUUAUUGGCAGACGAAUGGGAUACAACUGGAAGCCUCACACUCGUAUCUGUCUGCCUGUGCCUUUGUAUCACUGCUUCGGCUCUGUGGGUGGUGGGAUGUGCAUGGCUGUGCAUGGCACCUCCCUGGUCUUUCCGUCCCCAGGAUACAAUCCAAAGGCCAACAUAGCAGCUCUGGAGAGUGAAAGGUGCACUGUCAUCUACGGCACCCCCACCAUGUAUGUUGACAUGGUGAACCUGCCGGACCUGGACAAAUACGAUUUGUCAUCAGUUGAAUCAGGUAUCAUGGCUGGCUCUCCUUGUCCUCCAGAACGUAAGAAGAUUGUUUCCGACAUGGGCGUCAAGGGUAUAACAAUUGGUUACGGCACCACAGAGAACAGCCCUGUGACGUUUUGUGCCUCCCCAUUGGACAAUAUGGAGAGGAAGUCUGAGACAGUCGGGUACAUUGUGGACCACUUAGAGGCUAAAGUCGUGGACCCGGUUACUGGGGAGAUCGUACCUCUGGGGAUGAUUGGGGAGAUUAUGAUCAGGGGCUUCUGUGUGAUGUUGGAAUACUGGGGGGACGACGCCAAGACAGCAGAGUGCAUGACCAAAGACCGCUGGUACAAAACCGGGGACAUCGGCAAGAUGGACGGCUACAGCUAUUUGCGUAUUGAGGGCAGGAUUAAGGAUAUGAUCAUCAGAGGAGGGGAGAACAUCUAUCCAGCAGAAAUUGAACAGUUCCUGCACACACACCCGAAGGUCAUAGAGGCACAGGUGGUUGGAGUGACAGACGAGCGUAUGGGUGAAGAGAUUUGUGCCUGUAUCAAGCUGACUGAUGGACAGGACUGCACUGAAGAGGAAAUCAAAGAUUUCUGCAAAAACAACAUCGCUCACUUCAAGAUUCCUCGCUACGUACUUUUUGUAACCAGCUACCCACUCACUGUUACUGGAAAGAUCCAGAAACAAAAACUACGUGAGGAGGUUGAGGUGAAGCUUGGACUGAAGAAGGGAAAAUGAGAGGCUAGAUGUGUCUAUGGAGCUUUUAUAAUUGAAUACUGUAUUCCAAAAACAGCACUUAGCAAUACAUAUCCAUCAAUUGUAAAGUCUUAAAAGUUUUAAAGGAAUAAUAACACACCUCGAGCUUCAUGCAGGCAUGUGAUAUCUGUGCAUGAAACCAGUAUUGUGCCUGUUUUACUAUAACCAUCUGUUUACAAUACAACCGUUAAUUAAAGGUAUAAUACAAAUGUGAAUCCAAAAAUUAGUGGAAGUCUUACGGAACACAUAUUAAAGAGGGGCACAGAAUGAACUGAACCACACACCACUCUCCACAGUCCUUUUUCCUCCAGAAAGCUAUAAUAACAUUUUUUACAUUGACAUGAACGUUUUUACACCUUUAUUAAAACCAGGCAUGGGUGUUUCUCUUUUUACGGGAAGAGUGAAGGUAUUUUUAUUGAUCUCUAUGGCAGGUGCUUUCCUUUUAAGCCACUGGAAUGUGAUUCAGACACACGCACACUUACACAAACACUGAUUGGCUCACUGUGGAAAAUGAGAACUGCAUGGAGUUUCAAAAGAACAAGUAUUACAGACAUACACUUUGACUUUCAACCCGACCAAACCUGUAAAGAAUUUCCUCUCUAGUCUGACCAGGGUACAUGUGCUGUCCACCUGACGCUGGGCGGCAGGAUCGGAUGUCGUCUUCUGUCUAGACCUGAAGGACUCAGCCCAGAAAUAGCUCUUAAGAGCCCAGAAGAAAACAAACAGCACUCCUGGCAAUGAGAGGGAACCUCAAGGUUUAUUUAGCAUUUUUUAUUUUACAUAUUUUGGGGCUUGAAUUUAAUGUCUCAGGAUGUGGUAUUCUCCAAGCAAAGUGCCGAGUCUAAGAGCCAACCAGUUAGCUUUAACUUGUGCCACAGCAUCCGCCCUGCAUCUUGGGAAAUCACUUAAGCGGCCAAAGGAAUGUACAAGUUAGUGAACACACGUAAUGAACUUGUGUGGUCAUUCCUCCUUGUAAUACUGUAGUGUAUUAUAUACAUUUUAUACUUAAAUCAAUGAAAUUAAAUUGUCAUCAUCCUGUUUUUGUGCUCUUUGUGUAUAAAUAUCUUCAGCACUUGUACUGCCAGUGACAGAAGCCAUAAGACUGACAAUUCUCCCGGAUGACUAUGAAACAUACAUUAUCAGGGUUUCCCUUGGGUUUGUGGAGUACAUAGAGGCCUUGUUUGUGCAACCUUUUCCUCUAUAAACCAUCAGUUGUUGUA